GCUGCUCCCCCAUCACAGCGGUGAAGAAGACAGCAACGGCUUUUUCUAGGGCUCCUCCUCCGUACCCCCGAGAGAGUACUGAGAAGGAUCUGGAAUCUCGAUCAAUCUCUCUCGCCUCAGAAAUGGCCGGGUGAGUGAGCUCCGACUCUCAUCGCAUCGCCAGAACCUCGGGAUUUCUCCUCCGCAAUCGGGUUCCAGCUGCGAAGCUUCCAGCCAGAUGGAGGAGUCCUACACUGGCCUCCCUACAAGCCAUUUGCUCGGCUCGGUUCCUGCUGCUGUUGAUGAAGGGAAGAAUGCUGCAAAUACAAGCUAUGAGGCUCCCAGUGCAAAUAUGCAGACAUUUCCUCCAAAUAAUGGAGGAGACAGGGGGCGGGGCUAUCAAACUCUCUCAUCUACAGCUGAGACAUUUGAACAACAACCAGCGAGCAGCUGGAGAGGCGUAUUUAGUAUCUCAUCCUAUACACAGUAUUUCAAUGUCGAUACUGAUGUUGUUCUAAACAGGUUGAUGAGUUCUUUGUCCCCCAUUGAUGGAAACUUUUUCAGCAAGAUUGAUGCUAACCCAGAUCUGUAUGGACCUAUCUGGAUAUCCACAACAUUGAUCUUCGUGCUAGCAUCCCUUGGAAACGUUGCAACCUAUCUCAUGGAAAAGCACACUGAUAAGAGUACCUCGUGGACCUUUGAUGUGAGCUAUAUAAAUGUAGCAACAUUUGCAAUCUAUGGCUACGCAAUUAUGGUUCCACUUGGAUUUUACUUCUUGCUUCACUAUCUGGGAUCAAGUGCUAGCCUUAUACGGUUUUGGUGCAUGUGGGGAUACUCUUUAUUCAUCUUCAUUCUGAGCACUUUUCUUCUGUUGAUUCCAGUGGAGAUUCUUCGGUGGAUCAUCAUAGUUGCGGUGGGCGCCGCCUCAGCUUGCUUUGUUGGCUCAAACCUGAGAUCUCAUGCAGAUGGCACCGAUCUGACAAUGACAGUGAUCGCUGCCUUCUUCUUGCAGAUGGCUCUCGCAGUCUUCAUAAAGGUCUGGUUUUUCUCAUGAAGAAGAGUUCCCGUAAGUACUACUGAUUGCCACUAGGAAGUAAGAUUGGUCCUCUUUUGUUUGCGAGGAUGUUCAAGUUACUUGGUCGUUAGGCAAGAUCAAAUUUCUCAAAGUUUACUGAGAAACAACACCAGACGACAUAAAGAUGAUUAUGUUCGGAUAGAGAGCCAGGCCCACUGUUAUAGGCAAAUGCUGGGAUGGCUUGAUGUUCUUUGGAUUCGAUUUGAGAAAAGAGUUCUAUUUGUAAAUAUAUAUUUGCUAUGUUGGACGAUGCUUUGUUAUAUUUUGAGGAUGACAGUUUUUCCGAGGCAGUAAAUUUUGGCAUGCUUUGUUGUGAGAA